AUGCUCACCACACAUCACCACCACCACCACCACCACCACAACCCGCGGCGAGCGAGCACAUCACCAGCCGUAAUAGGAACCAUUACAUCCUGCACCACCACAAACACUACCAUCAACGCCUCGGCCUCCUCCCCUGGUAGCGCACCCCGGAGUCUCCCCACGCCACGGACGUCCUCGGAGCGCGGAACGACCAAGUCCAGUUCCUCAGAGGUACCACGCAUCUCCUUCACAGACGAGGCACAGGCAUGCUAUAACCUGCUGCUCCUGAUCCGCAACGACACGCAAGCCCUGAUCACGCUGAGGAACGACAAUCUCGCCGAGCUGGAAGGGAGGAAAUCGAAUGAGGCGCCAAAUCAUGCUUCCGCCGGUGGCGAGGGCGAGAACGAGGACGAGGGCGAUGCUGGUAGCGACACCGAUAGGUCGCUGCUACUAGCAGCCGUCAACGAGGCUAUCACCUUCGCGACGAGAACCAUAGCAGAGCUCGGCCCGUUCCUGGAGAGGCACAGGUGGCCGGCGGGGGCGUCAACACAACCUCAGCACCAGCGGUCCUCGCUCGCAGCCAUCGUAAAGCCUCCAAAGAUCUUACUACUACGGCGCAGAAGGACGAGUAGCCUCUCCUCUUCCUCUUCUACGUCUUCCUCCGCAGCCACCACUUCGGGCCCUUCCACCCGCCCACCUGCUGCUGCUGCUGCUGCUGCUGCUGACGGCGACGGACACGGCGGCCCCCCAACGGCCGAGGUGCUGUUCUCCUGGACCCUGGCGCUGACGGAGCUACACAGCGCCGUACUGACAGCCACGGCACGGCUGAAGGGCUUUCUAGAGUUUGGCGCGGAGGCUGUAGGGGUGAGCGAGGAGAAUCGGAGACGGCGCGAGGGCAGGGCGUCGUGGUGGGCGCAGGGGAGGGGAGAGUUUGAGAAUGUCGAGCUGAUUCAGAGUCUUUUGGGGCGACCGAGGCGGAAAUGGGAGGCGGAUACGGGUACGGCGGCUGUGCAGACUGAGGACGGAGAUGAUGACACCACGAAGGCGGCGGCGUUGCUACGGUCCGGCAUGAAAGACGGCGAGCCACCUGGAGACGAGGAAGGAUGGCAGAAGAAGGAGAAGGAGGAAAAGAAGGGAGAGGAGGACGACAACGUGCCUGCAGUGGUCCUCACGCCGGUCCUGGAAGUUGACGACACGCAAUCCGAGGCGUGGGCCUCGGAGCCCAUGACAUCUGCUCCGUCCACCAUCAAGUCUACACGCGGCGACCUCACCGCCAGGCCCAGACACUACCACCACCGCCGCGAGAAUUCUCUGCAGCAGGACUCUCCCUUUGCCGUGCGCCGUUCCGUGACAGAGCCCCUGAGCCCCUCCUCCCCCGUGAGAGGAUCGCCUGGAGGAGGUGAAGGAGGAGGAGAGCGGCGCGAGCUGCACAUGGCGAGGAGCGAAACCUUUGGUCAGGCUGCGUCCAAAGCCAAGGGCCACCUACCACGACUGCCGUCCAUCUCGACGACCCAGCCUUCGUCCCUGAACGCGAUACAGAGACGGCUCACGCAGGCGCUGGCUGGCGCGUACCAAGGCCACCAGCGGUCGCCCACAGGAUCAACGCCGCGCACAGCUUCAAGCCCAGCAGCCCUGCUCGGCCAACCUCUCUUCCCGGACCCAGGUCAAGGACAACAAGAACAAGCACAGCUACGCAUGCGUCCAGCUUCCUUGUUCGGCCUCGAAGUACCACCGCCUGACACCCCAUACACGCCCGAAACACCACGAGACCCGCACCUGGAAGCCCUCAUCAACCUGGGCGGCUUACCCAGCAAGACCUUCCAGCCCGUGAUCGAGGCCCUGGACCACAUGAUCGAGGUACCCGUCGUGUCCCCUGUGUCGCCGCCUGAGUCGCCGCAGAAACAAGGAGGCGUCAUGGCGGCAGCGGCGGCAGCAGCACUGAGCGUCCCGCCACUUUUGAGGUCCCCUCAGGUGCGGAAGUCCAUACAUCCCGUCAUCGAGGGGGGAGAUGUGCCGUCAUCACUGCCGGCAGGGGGGCAGCAGCAGCACGCAUCCUUUGUAUCUCCUGUGGAGUCGCAGGAGCCUCAGACGGCGGUGACGGUUUCACCUACGGGGUCACAGCACCCACGGCUGUCGAUGCCGCUGCCGCCUCUGCCCUCGGCGCCGCCUUCGGAAAAUCGAGAUGGAGACAGAGGAGGAGGAAAAGGAGGUGGAAGAGAAGAAGGCGAUGAGCAUUGGCCGUUUCUUGUGUAUAUGGCGCGGAAGCGGGCGGUUGCUGCUUCGAGAUGGUCGUUGCGGAGUUCUCAGGCGGGUGGGGAAGGAGGAGAGCACGAGUCGGAAGGAUGA